AUGAAUAUCGACCAACUGGGUGACCUCUUUGGUCCGCGGCAGAUGCGCAACUGCCUGCCUUGCAAGAAGCGUAAGAUCAAGUGCGAUCGGAAGAUUCCAUGUGGACCUUGUGCACUGCGGAGGGAUAUCAAGAGCUGCACACCAGCGCUGGGACGCCUGGAAGAGAUUGGUGGUGACGCACUGACCAUGUCGCCUGCAGACGGAUAUGUAUCCGCGAAAGAGUUCCAACUCCUGGCACGCAAGGUCGAGGCGUUGCAGGAUAAGGUGCAGGAACUCGAGGCGAGCGUGAGCUCUGGUGGGCCGCGCCCGCCUGCGUCGUCAACGAGCGCGGCCGUGUCGCCCGCGCCACAGGCAAAGGUCAUGAGCCGGCGACACAUGGCCGACGACGAGAUGGUGUAUGCGCUUGAAGAUUUCCACGGUGGACACCGCAUCAACGCAAUGCGCAACAUUAGCGACUCGCCCGAGAUUACGACGGUACGCUUCGGCAAUGGCGAGGGCGAGCAAGAUGUGACGACCGCCCCAGCCGACGUUACGGAUGACCAUCCCCUCUCGUUCGUCAUCACUCCUGGUACCGAUUACCUUGCCAAGGCACUCGCUCUUCUGCCGGACCGGCCAACGUGUGAACUGCUUGUCAAUCAGUACUUUGAGAACGUCGAGUGGUUCCAGCGAUGUCUGCACUAUCCGUCAUUCAUGCACCAGUGCCGGCAGUUCUGGACGGCACCUCCACCGACCAGUCAGCUCAGUCCCGACUUUAUCUGCACGUACAUCAUGGUCAUCUGCCUUGGGUUGCGGAUGGUCGUCAACAACCUCCCGGGGAUGAACAACGCCCUUGCCCUCGCUGAUCAGUUGUAUCACGUCGCCGAGGGCGUGCUGUGGUGCUCGCGAUUCCUCUACCGCCAGACAUUCGAGUCGCUGCAGGCUAUUUCUCUCAUGACCGUUUACGGGUUCGGGAUGGAGGAUGGUGCGGAUGCGACGUGGGCUCUGCUCGGCUCGGCCGUCAAGAUGGCCCAGAACCUCGGCAUGAAUCGCCUCGAGGCCGAGGCAGCCGACAAGGUCUGGUCGCCGGUAUGGAACACCCGCAUGAGACGCGAGAUGGGACGGCGCGUGUGGUGGACCUUUGUGUCGCUCGACUGGGCACACGCCAUUGCCCAUGGCUCGACUUACGUGGUUCACCCGUCGCAGAACCUCACAGCGCUCCCUCUCAACAUCGAGGAGGAGCUCCUUGAUGACCCCAAAGCGCAACCUCAACCGCUCUCAACAUACACAUUUGUCCAGAUGUACCGUGAGAUCACGGACCACACGAUGACGCAUCAAAACCCGUCGUACCAGUUUAUCCUCGCCAUGGACGAUUCUAUCAUUGAGCUUGCACGGAACCUGCCAAAGCACUUUGGCGACCCGACUAUCCUACCGGGCGAUUCCGCGCCGAGCCUUGUCCUCGACAGCAUCUUCCUCAACAUCACAGCCAACAUCCGCCUCAUCCGUCUCCACAGGCCCUAUCUCCUCCGUGGAUACCAGGACGCGCGCUACCUCCGGUCCAAGGACCGAUGUGUGUCGGCGUCGCAGACCGUCCUGCAGCUCAUCGAGCUGGCGACGCGCCGUGCUCCCGUUCUCCUCGGCUUCUGGACGGUGCUGUUUUAUGCGUUCUCCGCGGCGGUACCGGUGGUCAUCGACCACCUGUUUGAACCGACAGACGAGAAGCGACAGAGCGUACUCGAGAUCCUUGCGACGUUCCGGGAGCACACGGCGCUGUCCCCAGCGGCUCGCAAGAGCGUGUUCGUUCUUGAGCGCCUGCUCGAGGUCGAGAAUCAGUUUCGUGAUCCAGCGACGGGCGAAUCGUCGACCAAGCGCCGCCGCGGCGAGAGCGGACCUGAGUCCGCACUGUCACCAGGGACUCUGCAGGCGGACGAGCUGCUGCGGUCCACGAUCCGGAGCAUCCUUGAGCGGGCAACGCAGAGCGAGUCGACACAACAGCGCAACAUGCCGCUGCCUGUGAUUAGUGGCGGGGUGGCUGUCAUGCAGCAGCCAGAAACGUUUGGCGAGAUGGGGACGACGGGCGCACUCGGACUCGACUCGAUGUGGGCUCCGUCGUUUGACAUCCUCGACACGUUGUGGACCCAGACCGAGAAUGCCUGGCCGGCACAGUAG